GCUGAUGAUAUCGGUCGCAGGAGCACUCGUUAAAACAUUUUGUUUCGCAUUUGCUCAGGUAAUUCGCAAGAAUACGGACUGAGUGCCGUUGGUGGAUCAUCCUCUGUGACCAAAAGGGAGUGUACAGUGAGUUGUCGCCGAUUCCCGCUUGUAAAAUGUUCUGUCCACUGCUGCUGGAUGCCAAGAAGUACAAUCCAGACACACUAAACUUGACUGAUGACGCUGAAGUGAGGAGCUACUGGUUCACAUGCUUCCGGGACCUGGUGAGGAAGUUCGCCAUCCAAGCCAGAAAAAGUGAACUGGAAAGCGAUGAUGCAUGCAAACGAGCCGAGAGAUUUCAGCAAGAUUUUCUAAACAGAAUGAAUUCACUGGGCCAAAGUACAGAGACUGGCGAUCCGAUUACAAUCAGAACGCUGCUUGAUCUGAAUGAGUCUUGCCUGCGGCAGCACGGCUUCUCGGAUCCAUGGCGGGAGCAGAAAAUUCUGGAGAAUAAAACAGCACUGAGAAUGCUGCGACUUCGCCUCGAUGAGGUGGACAAACUCAGGGACAAUGAGAGAUGGAUUGAGUUGGUGAGAGGUCUGCUGGCGGGCAACAUGUUCGAUUGGGGCGCCCAGGCGGUGUGUGAAAUACUCGAAGCGAACAGCUCAUUUGGCCUCAAUGAGGCCCUAAGCUACAUUCAGCCACGUCCAUGGCUCAUCGAUGGUCUCGAUGCGUGGCUGGCAAGGUUGCAAGGAUCCGUUCACAAGUGCGCCGCAAUCUUCGUGGACAACAGCGGCUUCGACAUCGUCCUGGGGAUACUGCCAUUCGCGAGGGAACUCUUGAGGCGUGGAACGAAGGUGAUUUUGUGUGCCAACUCAGAGCCCGCGCUAGCGGAUAUAACGUACAAAGAGCUGGAGAGCCUCAUGGACAGUUGCUGUGAUCAGUGUAGCAUACUCCGCGAGGCGUAUGCUGCGAAGCGUCUACUGGUCCUGCCCAACGGUCAAUCGGGUCCAUGUCUCAACCUCAGGACACUCACGCCAGAGCUGAGCGAGGCGAUGGUGCGCCAUGAGACAGACUUACUGAUAAUAGAGGGCAUGGGUCGCGCCCUUCACACGAAUUUGUACGCCAAAUUCACGUGCGACACCCUCAAAUUGGCUGUCGUGAAGAACAAAUGGUGGGCCAAUCGACUGGGAGGUGAUACAUUUUCCGUCAUUUGCAAAUAUGAGAGUGCAGUAUGACCACGGAAGCAGCACUCAACUUUGCUAUGACUCGACAUGAUGGCAUUUUAUUCUCCUACUAAUUAAAAUCAUUUAAAUGCAGACGUGCAUCAUGAAGCAAUCACUGUUUAAUUUUCGUUUUGGUGAAGAGAAAUUAUGUGUCUUUGU